AUGAAUGGAAAUGACUUAUCAGACGAUAAUAAUAAUAAUUAUCCUAACAAUGGUCUCUCUAAUCUGUUGACUCGUACAACGAUACGUGAAGCCAACAUACAUUUACAACUUUUGCAUUCACGAAAUCAGGAGCUACAAAAAAUACUUGAAACACAACAGCACACAAUAAAACGUCAAGCAGAUGCAUUAAUAAAGAAAGAUCAAGAUUAUCUGGAGUUGUAUAAAAAUUUAGGAUUUUUAGAACUUCAUUGUGAAAAUUUACAAUCGUUAUUAAAUGCUAAAGACAAACGUUUAGCUAGUUAUGAUAGAAAAGAUGCUAUUUUCUCUGAAACACUUGAGUUACGACCAGCUAUCGAACAAUUAUUGGAUAUUUUGAAUACAUUUGAACAAGUAGAUCAAACUGAACCAGUUAAGAUGAAUAAUUCAAUUCAACACUCAACAAAUCAUAGUAGUACAAAAAUUAAUUUAGUAACAUCGAAUAAUACACCAUUAGAAUUUGUACAAAGUAGGAGUAGUCUCAUUAAACACACUGACAACGGUAAUUCGAUGACAGACAAAAUAACAACAAUAACAGCACAAGAAAAAGAACAAUAUCAUGAAAAAACAGAAUUACUCUCUCAAUCAAACGACGGUAAAGUCUUAUGA